AGUUGGUCACGUUCCAUUCAGCUUUGUGUUACACUUUGUGUCAACAAUGUGGCACUUAAUGAUCUGUAGUAUAUAUCUGUCAGAAAAAAAUACAUAUUUACUAACACGUAUUCACUGUUUGUUUGAGUGAUGUUUACUGUGUGCGUUUAAAAUGUUUUUCAAACUCAGGUAAAGGACAGAAGGAGGUUUGGCGAAAGUGUGAAAUAUCUCGGAACGGUUCGCGUCCCUGGGGAUUCUAGCCGCUCUUCUAAUCACGACACCACAACAAGGAAAAAAGUAGCAAAGAGCACCAGGAUUCAUUUGAAUUACGUUUGAGAAGAGAAGAGAAGAGCGACGUGAAUCCAAGCCGGCCUUCGUCCCCGUUCAGCGCACCUCCUGCGUGGGCAGCAGCUGGCUGCAGGCUCCCCCGGACACCACGGACACCGUGGUUCCUGCUCCUCUGAACAGAUGAGCGUGUGGAGUCGCCUCAGCUGAACAGCAAUGAACUGUGCGCCGUGGACGAGCGUAGGCUGCGUGGCUCACUAACACAAAUUCACUGAUACUAUCGACUGAAAAACAAACAAACCCAGUUGUUGAGAAGAUGGGGCAUCCUCCUCUGGAGUUCAGCGACUGCUUUCUGGACAGCCCGGACUUCCGAGAGACUCUCAAAUGUUAUGAAGUAGAGCUGGAGAGGACAAGCAAAUUUCUCAAAGAGUUGAUAAAAGAUGGCAACAGUGUAAUCUCUGCAAUCAAAGGCUAUUCUUUGGCGGUACAGAAGUUUUCACAGACUCUCAGCAUGUUCCAGUUCGACGUCAUCGGUGACUCCCUGACAGAUGAUGAGAUUAACAUCGCUCAGUCGUUCCAGGAGUUUGCUGGACUCCUGCAGGAAGUAGAGCACGACAGGAUGAUGCUGGUUCAGAACGCCUCCGAUCUGCUCAUCAAGCCUUUGGAGAAGUUCAGAAAGGAGCAAAUAGGAGUAACCAAAGAAAAGAAAAAGAAGUUUGAGAAAGAGAGUGAAAAAUACUACUCCCAGGUGGACAAACACCUGAAUCUUUCUGCCAAGAAAAAAGAGAGUCAGCUUCAAGAGGCUGAUGAACUCCUGGACAAAGAGCGAGUUAACUUCUACGACUCGUCUGUGGAGUACGUGUACCAGAUCCAUCAGGUCCAGGACAGGAAGAAGUUUGAUGUGGUGGAGCCUGUGCUGGCAUUUCUUCACAGCAUUUUUACUCUCAACAACCUGACUGUGGAGAUGACUCAGGACUUCAUGCCUUACAAGCAAGAGCUGCAGCUCAGCUUGCAGAACACAAGAAACCACUACGAGAGCACUCGCGAGGAGAUGGAGGAGCUGAUGAAAAGGAUGAAACGCCCGUCGCAGAUCUGUAAAAUGCACAGUGUUCUGCCGAUGGAGGGUUAUCUGUACAGUCAGGAGAAGUGGGCUUUGGGUGUGUCAUGGGUCAAAUAUUACUGCAAAUAUCACAAGGAAGGGAGGCUGCUGGUCAUGGUGCCUUGUGAACAGAAGCCCACAACUAAACAGGGCCCCAUGCAGCUGACAGUGAAUUCCUGCGUCCGCCGGAAGACAGACUCCAUAGACAAGCGCUUUUGCUUUGACGUGGAAACAAGCGAGAGAAAUACAGCCGUCACUUUCCAGGCUCUUUCGGAGGGAGACAGGAAGUUGUGGAUGCAGGCCAUGGAUGGAAAAGAGCCUAUCUAUCAUUCCCCAAUUCACAAGCAAGCUGAAAUGGAACUGAAUGAAACUGGAUUCAAGUUUGUGCGAAAGUGCAUCAACUAUGUUGAAACUAAAGGAGUCACACAAGAAGGAGUGUACAGAACAGUUGGCAGCAACAUCCAAGUGCAGAAGCUUUUAAAUGCCUUCUUUGACUCCACAAACCCAGGAGAUGUGGAUCUCUACAGCAGCGACGGAGAUGUUAAAACCAUUGCAAGUGCACUGAAGUUUUACCUCAGGAGCUUGUCUGAACCUCUGAUGACCUACGGUCUACACAGAGACCUCAUAUGUGCUGCAAAGUCCGAUAAUCUGGACUUUCGGCUGAGUGAGAUUCAUUCACUUACCUACAAGCUACCAGAGAAGAAUCGGGAGAUGUUGGAGAUGCUUAUUAAACACUUGGUCAACGUGUGCAGUCACAGUGACGAAAACCUGAUGACUCCUUCAAACAUGGCCGUUGUCUUCGGACCCACACUGAUGAGAGCACAGGAAGAUACUGUGGCAGCCAUGUUGGAUAUCAAGUUCCAAAAUAUAGUCGUAGAGAUUCUGAUUGAGUACUACAAAAAGAUCUUCAGUUACAUGCCGGGUGACAGCACCGCCCCACCUGUCCCUCCUCCGCGGAUCACCCCGAGGAAGCGGCAGCCCAUCACAAUCUCCAAACGACCACCUCGUGUUUAUCAAGCUCUUAGUCACGACCACUUCCAGCACACAGAGAAUGGCCAGAACGACAGCUCCGUCCUGGACAGGGAAGCUUCAGUGAGCCCCGUUCCACUGCAGCGAACCAAACCUGUAAGCGGUGCUCCACUUGUUCCAAGAGAGCCUCCUCCGAGACAAGUGUUAUUGCCCAGACCAGCUAACCGUCAGGAACGACAAUUGGACUCUGAUGAUGCAAAGCAAAAGCCAGAUUCUUCUUCUGCUGCUGCAAAUGGAGAUUCAGGAGUCUAUGUGAGCAGAGUACCAUCCUUCCAGAGCAAAAGACCACCUCUUAAGGGCACAUCAGCCAGCAGAGAAGGAGAUUCGGACGGUCUCAACAGAGCGAAGCCCACAGAAAAACAUGCCAUUUGUAGACCUCCUGUCAGGCCUCCUGAACCCCCCUCCAGAUGCCCCGCUCCACAAAAGACCCUGAGUGUGGCCAGCAGCGAAGCCACAGCCACAUCCUAUGUUGCCUCUAAAACAAAGUUUUUUGAGAAUGCCUCCAGGCAAAUUGGCAGUCCACCAACCUCUCCGCCACCGUCAGCAGCGACCAAUGUAAAAAAAGAGAAUUAAAGUUGAGGAGACUCAGGCCAUGUCAUGUGACCGCUGCAUGUGCUGUUGGAUGCACAUAAUGCUGGAGGGACUCAACACAAAUGAACUCAGUCACUAUCAGAUUAAAUGAAGAAAUGGCUCACAGUAGAACUGAAUGGAUGUAUUUGAUUCUAUUCGAUUUUUAAUUUUAAUAACAGUGUUGGAAGGCAACACAGCAGCAAACAGACUUUUGAAUGAACUUGCAGUGUAAUUGACGCAGUCAUGGCUCAUUAUUCCAAAGUCAGGAUGUAACCAUAAGGCUCUCCCCUUCUUACUUACCAUUUGACAAUUUUGUCAAAGAAAUGUACAAUUUUAAGUAAUUUUAUUGUUAAAUUGAAUGUUUGAUUUUAUUGGAGGAGACUAACCACCUUAAAACUGCUUACAUUGAUGACUGUACUCUUAAUGCUUGUUUUUAGCAUUGUAAAGUAGAUCACCCAAAGAAGACUAAUUGAUUAAAAGGGACUUAAUCCAUUUAAUCAUUAUUAAUUUGUACAUGUAAAAGGCUUAAUAUUAACCUCUAGUUUUUAUGAGAUGGACCAUGGUAUGGCCUAUCAAGGAACUGGUGAAGCAAAUUCAUUCUAAGCCACAGCUAUCAUUUCUUCUGAAGCUAUUCGAGUCGAUCCACUCUGACAUAACUUUUAGAUUGAAGUCACUUUUGAAGAGACAUUACACAAAGUAUUUUGCUAUGAAGUAUCAGCCUAAUAACCAGUCAUUGUGGUUGGAAGUUACAUAAUGAAUAUAAGGAUAGUGUGGGUGUAGAAGGGAAUUAUUAGUACUGAUUCACAUGAACAUUCCCAUACUUCUGACCUCCUGUUCACUCACUUCUUACCUGAUGUUGGCGGGUCAGGUUGCACAGGGGAAUCCUUAAAGUUUACCUGAAGUUGUUGCACCCAAUUGUUGGGAUUACAAAAGUGGUUGUAUGUGAAAAUAACACUCCAGUGUUUCCUUCUUUCUUAGUUCUCAAACAGAUUGUUGUUUUCAUUAGUUUUUUGAUAACCCAACUUGAAAAGUCUGUUGUUGUUGGUUGGAUUUGUCUUAAAAAAAAAAAAGAAAAUAAACAGGAAAAGUUC